AUGAAACCAGUCUCUAAAUUAUUACUGAUAACCCCGAUCUUUUUGUUUAAUUCAGUUGGUUGUGAUUCUACGUUGAAAUUUAAAGGGUUAGAUCCAGUUCAACAAGAAUUGUACAAUUCUCAUUUAACAUUAGAAGGUGGAGAAUGGACAUGUCUAAGUGACACUCAUAUUAAAAUUAAUAUUACACAAAUCAAUGACGGUAUAUGUGACUGUCCUGACGGGUCAGAUGAGCCGGGUACUUCCGCAUGCAACAUUAUCAAUGAAUCAUUAAAUCAAGAAAAUUCUUUAUUUUAUUGUGUAAAUGAUGGAUUUAUUCCGAGAUAUAUAGAUAAAAGUUCUGUUGGUGAUGGUGUAUGUGAUUGCUGUGACUGUUCUGAUGAGUCCUUAGAUGGGAAUGGAGUAAAUAUUUGUUCCAAAGUGGAUUCGAUAUAUCAUCGUGUAAUUGAUAAGGAAUUGGGAGGAUCUAAAUUAGGUAAAUUGGAAUUAUUGUCAUUAUUUGAAGACUUCGAUAUCGAUAUAAAUGAUCUUAAUAAACAGUCUAAUCAGCAAGCUAAUUUAAAAGUAUUUAUUCAGCAAUUGACUGAUGAUUUUGAGAGAAAUCAGCAAUUAUAUAAAUCAGAAACAGAUAAUUUUAUGAGUAAAUUAAAACAAGAAGAUCCAACGCUAUAUCAAUAUGAAACGAUUAAUACAACUCUGAUUAUUGACUAUUUAAAUCCUUUAUUUGAUGAUAUUGCAUUGAGCAGCAAAAUGUACACUGAUUUAGUAAGUAUUUUGGGGACUUUAGCAGGGACAUUCAAUCCAUCUUUAAAUGAUAAAGUAGUUAAUGAUAAUGUGUAUAUGUUCCAAGACAAACUAAUGGAAUUAAAUACAGAGAAGAAGGUCAGUAUUAAUUCAGGUACAGAUAAUGAGUUAAGAGAACAACUAAUAGAUUAUUUCACAAAAGAACUACCUGAAUUGUUUUGGAAGGGGAAAAGUAAAGAUCCGUCUGAAUACGUUAUUAAAAAAGCGCGGUUUGUUGAGUGGUUACUACAAGUUAAAGUUGAAUAUACUGAAACAGUAUUUGAAUAUAUUGAUGAUUUUAGUUCAAUAAUGAAAGAUAUUACGGAUAAUCAUAAUGUUAAUGUUCAAGAUAAAGGUGUGAAAGAAGCUACAAAGAUGUAUAAAGAUUAUUUGAAAAAAUAUGCAAAUCUAUUAAAGAAACAUAAAGUUAUUCUACCAAAACCUCUGGCUAGAGAAGUAAAGAAAUUAUUGAAAGUAAUUGAAAAUAUUGUUCCAAAAAUUUUAGAUGAAAAAGAUUGCAAAACAGAUGAGGAUACAGAAACAGGGAUCAAUGAAAGAAGAGGUAUAUUUGGUUUUAUGUCAAAUUUACUAAAUAUAAAUGGAACUGAUGUUAGCAAUGGAGAUAUUGUUGAUGUAUCUAAUAAAAGAACAAUUUUACAAGCUUUAAAGACACAAAUUGUUACAAGAAAGAAUUUGAUUGAUAAAAUAAGAAAUGAUUUAAUAAAAGCAGAGAAAGAAUAUGAAAGACUAGAGGAAAUGAAAAACACGAUUAGUGAAGAAGGAAGGGUAUCGAAUGAAAAAAUGUUGAGGAUUGAGGAAUUGAUUAAAUUAUUACCUGUUGAAGAGACUUGUACAAGUAGUUUAAUUAAUGGAUAUAAAUAUGAAAUAUGCUUAAAUUCUGAUGAAGAACAAGGGUACAUAUUGCAGAUUGAAAAUAAGCCGAAUGGGAAUAAGGUUUUGAUUGGUGUUUUGGAAAAAACAUAUUUAGAUGAAUCAUUAAUAAAACAAAAUUAUAUUGACAAGAUCAAAGUUGAUAAUUUAGACGAAGAUAUUGAUUUAUUGGAACAUUUAACUAAUAGCACUAAGAUUAUUGGAGAUAAGAAGUAUUAUCUGGGACCUUUAGAAAGUGUCAAUAAUGGAUAUAUUGUUAAGUAUGGCAAUGGAGACCAAUGUUGGAAUGGACCACUAAGAUCUGCUACAGUAUUAAUUAAAUGUUCAGAUAAGUUUAGAAUCAACAGUGUAAAUGAAAUGACUAAAUGUAAUUACCAAUUUGAUGUUGAGGGUCCUUGGGGUUGUAACUUUUAA